AUGUCCGGACACUUGAAGGCGGCACCCAGAAGGGAGCCCCGCAUCCCUAUCCUGGCCCCCUAUUUGUGGAGGUGGAAGGAGAACUGGGGGAAAGAAGGGGAAAAGCAGGAAGUGACCCUCACGCCUCGGGAGUGCUCCUGCGUUAACCUGCCGCUUGGCGGGGUGCCUGCCCCCAAGGCAUUCCGUGUGCCCGUGGGUCCUGCGUGCAAGACUGGCGUGCGGGGGGAGAGGUCUCGGGGGAAUCCCCGCGGGUCCUGGAUCCCGGGGGCGCGGUGGCCCCGGAUCCACGUGCGCACCGCGGGCGCGCGCCGCCCCAAAGUGCGAGCGGCGAGUGUGAGCGUGCGCACGUGCGGCGGCGGCUCCGGAAGAACCAGAGGAGAGGGCUGGGCUGCAGAGCAGCUGAGGCAGGCUGCCCAGAGAGCAGUGUCCUGUCUGGGUCAAGGCCAGGUGAACUUGUUGGACACGUCAACCAUCCAUGGAGACUGGGGCUGGCUCACGUAUCCAGCGCACGGGUGGGACUCCAUCAACGAGGUGGACGAGUCGUUCCAUCCUAUCCACACCUACCAGGUGUGCAACGUCAUGAGCCCCAAUCAGAACAACUGGCUGCGCACCAGCUGGGUGCCCCGUGAUGGUGCUCGGCGGGUCUACGCUGAGAUCAAGUUCACAUUGCGUGACUGCAACAGCAUGCCUGGCGUGCUGGGCACCUGCAAGGAGACCUUCAACCUCUACUACCUGGAGUCUGACCGCGACCUGGGUGCCAGCACGCAGGAAAGCCAGUUCCUUAAGAUUGACACCAUCGCGGCCGACGAGAGCUUCACUGGCGCUGACCUGGGGGUGCGGCGGCUCAAACUCAACACGGAAGUGCGUGGCGUUGGGCCGCUCAGCAAGCGCGGCUUCUACCUGGCCUUCCAGGACAUCGGGGCCUGCCUCGCCAUCCUCUCUCUCCGCAUCUACUACAAGAAAUGCCCCGCCAUGGUGCGCAACCUGGCGGCCUUCUCGGAGGCGGUGACCGGGGCCGAUUCGUCCUCUCUGGUGGAGGUGCGGGGCCAGUGCGUGCGGCACUCGGAGGAGCGAGACACGCCCAAGAUGUACUGCAGCGCUGAGGGCGAGUGGCUGGUGCCCAUUGGCAAGUGCGUGUGCAGCGCGGGCUACGAGGAGCGGCGGGAUGCCUGUGUGGCCUGCGAGCUGGGCUUCUACAAAUCAGCCCCAGGGGACCAGCUGUGUGCCCGCUGCCCCCUGCACAGCCACUCCGCAGCUCCCGCUGCUCAGACCUGCCGCUGUGACCUCAGCUUCUACCGCGCAGCCCUGGACCCACCAUCUUCAGCCUGUACCCGGCCGCCCUCGGCACCGGUGAACUUGAUCUCUAGUGUGAAUGGGACUUCUGUGACCCUGGAGUGGGCCCCUCCCCUGGACCCAGGUGGCCGCAGUGACAUCACCUAUAAUGCUGUGUGCCGUCGCUGCCCAUGGACACUGAGCCGCUGUGAGGCAUGCGGGAGUGGCACCCGCUUUGUGCCGCAGCAGAAGAGCCUGGUGCAGGCCAGCCUGCUGGUGGCCAACCUGCUGGCCCACACCAACUACUCCUUCUGGAUCGAGGCUGUCAAUGGUGUGUCCGACCUGAGCUCUGAGCCCCGCCAGGCUGCAGUGGUCAACAUCACUACGAACCAGGCAGCCCCGUCGCAGGUGGUGGCUAUCCGGCAGGAGCGCGCCGGCCAGACCAGCGUGUCGCUGCUGUGGCAGGAGCCCGAGCAGCCCAACGGGAUUAUCCUGGAGUACGAGAUCAAGUACUACGAGAAGGACAAGGAGACGCAGAGCUACUCCACGCUGAAGGCGGUCACCACGCGGGCUACCGUGUCGGGCCUCAAGCCGGGCACGCGCUACGUGUUCCAGGUGCGAGCGCGCACCUCCGCGGGCUGCGGCCGCUUCAGCCAGGCCAUGGAGGUGGAAACCGGGAAACCCCGGCCCCGUUACGACACCCGGACCAUCGUCUGGAUCUGCCUGACGCUCAUCACAGGCCUGGUUGUACUUCUUCUGCUUAUCUGCAAAAAGAGGCACUGUGGCUACAGUAAGGCCUUCCAGGACUCUGAUGAGGAGAAGAUGCACUACCAGAGCGGGCAGGCACCCCCACCUGUCUUCCUGCCCCUGCACCACCCCCCAGGGAAGUUACCAGAGCCCCAGUUCUAUGCAGAACCCCACACCUACGAGGAGCCGGGCCGGGCGGGCCGUGGUUUCACUCGAGAGAUUGAGGCCUCCAGGAUCCACAUCGAGAAAAUCAUUGGUUCAGGGGAGUCGGGAGAAGUUUGCUAUGGGCGGCUGCAGGUGCCGGGGCAGCAGGAUGUGCCUGUGGCGAUCAAGGCCCUCAAAGCUGGCUACACUGAGAGGCAGCGGCGGGAUUUCCUGAGUGAGGCAUCCAUCAUGGGCCAGUUCGACCACCCCAAUAUCAUACGUCUGGAGGGCGUCGUCACCCGUGGUCGCUUGGCGAUGAUUGUGACUGAGUACAUGGAGAACGGCUCUCUGGAUGCCUUCCUAAGGAUCCAUGACGGACAGUUCACCAUCAUGCAGCUGGUGGGCAUGCUCAGAGGAGUGGGUGCCGGCAUGCGCUACCUCUCAGACCUGGGCUACAUCCACCGAGACCUGGCCGCCCGCAAUGUCCUGGUAGACGGCAACCUGGUCUGCAAGGUGUCUGACUUCGGGCUUUCCCGGGUGCUGGAGGAUGACCCCAACGCUGCCUACACCACCACGGGCGGGAAGAUUCCCAUCCGCUGGACAGCUCCAGAGGCCAUUGCCUUCCGCACUUUCUCCUCAGCCAGUGAUGUGUGGAGUUUCGGUGUGGUCAUGUGGGAGGUGCUGGCCUAUGGCGAGAGGCCCUACUGGAACAUGACCAACCGGGACGUCAUCAGCUCCGUGGAGGAGGGCUACCGGCUUCCUGCACCCAUGGGCUGUCCCCGAGCCCUGCACCAGCUCAUGCUUGACUGUUGGCACAAAGACCGGGCCCAGCGGCCGCGCUUCUCCCACAUCGUCAGUGUCCUCGAUGCACUGAUUCGCAGCCCUGAGAGUCUCAGAGCCACAGCCACAGCUGGCAGGUGCCCGCCCCCUGCCUUCGCCAGGAGCUGCUUUGACCUCCGAGGGGGCGGGGGUGGUGGCGGGGGUCUCACCGUGGGGGACUGGCUGGACUCCAUCCGUAUGGGCCGGUACCGAGAUCACUUCGCUGCCGGUGGUUACUCCUCCCUGGGCAUGGUGCUACGCAUGGAUGCACAGGAUGUGCGUGCCUUGGGCAUCACUCUUAUGGGCCACCAGAAGAAGAUCCUGGGCAGCAUCCAGACCAUGAGGGCCCAGCUGACCAGCACCCAGGGGCCCCGCCGGCACCUCUGACUCAGGGC